AUGGGAAAGCCACGAGUGAUUUAUUGGUUUCGUACUGACCUCCGCUUACACGACUCUCCUGCUCUGAAAGCAGCACUCGAACCAGAUCCCGCCGUGCUAUGGCCAAUAUUCACUUGGGAUCCUCACUAUGUAUAUCGCACAAAAGGAGGAGUAAAUCGUUGGCAGUAUUUACUGGACUGUCAAAACGAUCUCUCCAAGUCUAUCAACAAACUUAAUCCCAAGUCCAAGCUCUUCGUCCUGCGUGAGGCCCCGCAGACGUUGUUUCCCAAGCUCUUCAAAGCAUGGAACGUUACACAUCUGGUUUUUGAAAAAGAUACAGAUUCGUAUGCGCGAGAGAGGGACCAGGCUAUAGCUGACAUUGCCCAGAAAGCCGGGGUUGAAAUAGUGACUCGCUAUGGACGGACACUGUGGGAUAGUGAUGAAGUUGUAGCCAAGAACGGUGGUAAGCCCACGAUGUCCAUCACACAACUUCAGACAGCUGGUCACAAAAUAGGCGAAAUCCCUAGACCAAUUGCUGCACCUGAACACCUACCAGACCCAGGAGAAAUGCCCGUGAACUUUGAUCAGGAGCCGCCAAACGCUCAACCUGAUCUCAAUGCCGCUCAUCGAGGCAAGGAUGACAAGACAUACAAUAGCAUAGCUGGGCCCAAAGGUGAUUUCGCCAUCGAAACUCUAGAGGAGCUCGGGUUUGUGGCAGCGACUACUCCACAUCGCGGUGGUGAGACUCUGGCGCAGAAGAAAUUGGAUUGUAUUAUCGCUGAUGAAAAGUAUGCGGCCACAUUCCAAAAGCCCAAAACGAGUCCUGCUGCCUUCGAGCCUCAGUCCACAACACUGCUAUCACCGUUCCUGCACUUUGGCGCUCUGUCACCUCGCCUUUUCUAUUGGCGCGUGCAAGAUUUAGUAUCCAGGUACAAAGGUGCUUCCUCCCCUCCCGAAUCCCUGACGGGCCAACUCCUCUUCCGGGACAUGUACUUCGCAGCUGCGGCGGCUAUAGGGCCCGCCUUCACCCAGACGCUCAAUAAUCCGUACAUACGCUUCAUUCCUUGGAAUCUACCGUCGAAGGAUGAGAGUGGUACGGAAGUGGGCAUCAAUGCCAUCAGCGGCGAGUACCAUGUCGAUUCAGCCCAGGCCGAACACUGGUUUCAGCGCUGGAAAGUUGGCGUGACAGGCUUCCCCUGGAUUGAUGCUCUGAUGCGGCAGCUGCGUGAGGAGGGCUGGAUACACCACCUCGGCCGGCACUCUCUUGCAUGUUUUCUAACGAGGGGCGGUUGCUAUGUGCACUGGGAAAGAGGGGCAGAUGUGUUCGAAGAAUUGUUACUUGAUCAUGAACCGGCGUGUAAUGCGGGAAAUUGGCAAUGGCUAAGCUGUACUGCCUUCUUUUCGCAGUAUUACCGCUGUUACAGCCCGGUGGUAUUCGGACAGAAGUGGGACAAGUCAGGGGCUCUGAUACGGCGGUGGGUGCCUGAGCUGAAAGAUCUGGACGAAAAAUUUGUGUACGAGCCGUGGAAAGCGAGCAAGGGCGCAUUGGGGAAGGCUGGAGUGAAGAUCGAGGGCGAUGGGCUGGGGGAGAGGAAGAAAGGAACGUACCCAGAACCUAUGUUUGAUUUUGGGGAGAGGAGGGAGAUAUGCAUUGCGGCUAUGAAAAAGGCGUAUCAGGUUGGGCUGCAUGGGGAUGAUGAAAGGGUCAAGAAUGGAACUUGGAGGGAGCUGUUUGAGGAUGAUGAUAGUGAGGUGCAGGGAGUAGGAGUUGGUCAUGAUGAUGAGCAUGCCGACGAUGCUGAACACGAGACGCACAAGGGAAAGGGGAAAAGGGAGGCCAAGCAGGGUCCGAUGGACAGACAUCUUGUGAAGAAGCAGAAGACGGAGAGCUAG